UGGAGGGGGAAGGUUGUGCUGCGGGCGGGUGUUGCGCUGGUGCGUCUUGAUGUUCGCUCCAGGACCAUCUUGUCAUGAUGACGCUGUACAGUGUGGAGAAGAUAUGGGCCUCGUUGCUUCACGGGCUGGUGGGGACGUGUGCGGUGAGGAUGCCAGGUUCUGCGGCACCGAAGGAGGGCAGCAGGCGGGCAGGAAGCCGCCACCUGCCCAAGAGGACAGCGUCGUCAGCCAGCAGCCUGCAGCGGGACCGUCAGGACAUCGUCAUCACCGGCUACACUCACUUUAACACCGACCUUCCCCCCCUCCCCGCUAUCAACCUCCCGAGGAGUAAGAGCUCCGCAACUACCGCCAGGAGCGAGUCUCACCGCGAGGCGCGGCUCUCUCACGAGGUCGAUGGUCCUAGCAGGGGCAGAGGGGCACACAACGAGUCCUCAAGCUCGCGGACAUCGGUGACUUCGACCAGUACAAUCCCCAACUCAGGGGUGUCCUCAGCAUGCCUGGCGACCUCCUCUACAGCGUCCACAGCCGGUUCAAUGCUCCGGCAGGAUAACCAACCCAGACACACACAAAAACGUUCCAGUUCGACGACUCGGCGCGUCGACAGGUCUUCCGAGACCAGCCACACCUCGUCAGCAGCCUCGGCAAGAACCAGCCAGACUCUGGAGGAGGAUGACGUGACCUGCGCCAUCUGCCUGGAUCUGCUGCACCGGCCUCGCUCUCUGCCCUGCGGCCACACCUUCUGCCUUGUCUGCCUCCAGAACUAUGUCAACUCCUGCAGGAGUGCGCUGACGUGUCCGUCGUGCCGGGGGGCGGCGCAGGUGCCCACGGACGGGGUGGUGGGUCUCCCCGUCAACAGCACGCUGGCCAGGGGCGCCCAGGAGAUACGAGAACGCCGUGAGGGCACCCCGGGAGCCCUGACCUGCGCUGCCUGUCGCUCUUGUCAGGAGGUGAGGACGUGUGGCCACUGCAGAAGGGCGUGGUGCGCGGCGUGCAGCCCCGCCCACCUGCGGGAAGUGCGCGGAGAUGUGGCCCAGCUGCGGCGGCGUCUGGCUACUGCGCGGGACACACUAUCCUGCACGACGGAGGAGGAUGAGAUGCGGUUCAGUAAGCUGGAGGAGACGAUAGGCGAGGCGGUGGACGAGAGAGUCGCUCAGCUUCACGACGAGGGCAGGAACCUUGCCGCACAGGUGCAAGAGCUGAGGGCGGAGAGUCAACGCCGCACCCACAGACUCUCACAAGACAUAGAGAAGGUCCUGGCCUCCACCAGCAGCCUGGGAGAUGACCAAGCCCAACUGGAGGAGGCGGGCCGUCUCCACUCCACCCUGCUGGGGCUCCUCAGGGCCACCUCCAGGGCCAAGGGUCCCCGAGUCACACUCGACCAGACCACCCUCACCCUCAGCGGGGCCCCGUCCUCGGCGGCGGUCGAGGAGGACCUCGAGGGCAAGGACGAGGAGGACGACGAGCAGCAUCUUCAGCCGCAGGACCACAGCCUCCUCUAUAGGAGCAAGGGGUCCCUGGCCAGGCAGCGCUGGGGCCAGCACCUCGGGGAGCGGCCCGCCGGCGUCGCUGUCAACCCCUGGACGUCAGACAUCUACGUCACCGGCAGCGACACCUGCAGGGUGUAUGUGUUCGACACCAACGGGCGACAGGUGUCGAGUUUCGGGUCCCGAGGCCACGCCGACGGCCAGUUCCUCUGUCCCAUCGGCUUGGCCUUUAGUCACGUCUCCAGGGAGGUCUUCAUCACAGUCAUGUUCCGCCUUUCUCGUCGUCUUUCUCGAGAGAUCGUGCUCUCACUCACGCCUCACGCCUCCCUGCGCCAGAUUCUGGACGGUGACGGAGUGUUCCUGCGGGAGGUGGGCGUCGUGUCGUCGCAGACUCUGCAGGACGGCCGCCGCUACACCAAGAGCGAGUUCAACGAGCCCACGGGAGUAGCCGCCAGCCUUGACGGCUCCAGGGUGUAUGUGGCCGACUCUGGCAACCACAGGAUUAAAGUGUUCAACGGCACGAGUGGUGAGAGGGUGCUGAUGUUUGGCUCCCGAGGCCGCCAUAAGGGCCAGUUCGAGACCCCCGAGUGCAUUGUGGUGGACCACGAGGGAUUUAUCCUGGUGGGUGACUCUGGCAACGGCCGCGUGCAAGUCUUCAGACCUAACGGCAACUUCGUCAGGUAUCUGGGGACGAGGAGCAACAGCCGGGGAGAGUUCGGGUGGGUGUCCGGGGUGGGGCUCUCCAAGGGCCUGGAUGUGGUCGUCACAGACUUCAAGAACAACCUCGUCGCCGUCUUCUAGUGAGAGAGAGAGAGAGAGAGAGAGAGAGAGAGAGAGAGAGAGAGAGAGAGAGAGAGAGAGAGAGAGAGAGAGAGAGAGAGAGAGAGAGAGAGAGAGA